AUGAUUAAACUCAAGGUUGGAUUAGAAGGAGAACGAUGGUUUGGAGUUAAGAUUAAUAAGAAUGUCAGUGGACGAAUGCCGAGAGAUAUGAGACCGGUCAUUAGUCAAAUCUUCACAUCUACCAAGGACAAGGUUCGCAACGGCAAGUUUAGGAAGGACCCGAAGAGCGGGUGCAUUGACAUCGAGACGGCAUUCGAUGAAUGCGAGGUGCAUUUCCGAUCGGAACAGCGAGCAAAGGAGACGUUUAAGAAGCAUUUCGAUGCAUUAACGGAUAGAUAUAAAAAGAAAUUAAUGGCAUCUGGAGAGACUCCAGAGAAAGCAGCAAGCUCGGCUCAGAAGUACGCGGCACUUCAACUGAAGCAAACAAAGGGAAAACAAUUUCAAAUUUUGUGGAAAAAUAAAACUAUGGAGAAUAUCAAAAAAGGAAUGCAUCCAAGCUUCGGGUGA